AUGUGUUUGAGGACCGUGCUGGGAUGCUGGCUCCCUGCGGUGGCUCGGUGUGGCUCUGUGUGGCCGGUUGAGGAUGGUGAGGUGGAGGAGGAGGGAGGUGAGGAUGUUGCCGUCCAGGUGAGUCUGAGCGCAGAGAGCCGACAGGUGAUCAGGCAGAGCUGGAGGGAGAUCCAGGAGGACAUCAGCAGGGUGGGCGUCAUUGUGUUCUGCAGGCUGUUUGAGACCCAUCCAGAGUAUAAAGACGCCUUCUUAGUGGUCAGAGACAUCGACGAUCUGGAGACUCUGAGGAACAGCAGAGAGCUGAGAGCCCAUAGCCUCAGCGUUAUGUCUUUCAUCGAGAAGACUGUUGCAAGGAUCGACCAGGAUGAGCUUCUUUUUGAGCUGAUUCUGGAUCUGGGCAAGAAGCACUACCAAUACAACGCCCUGCCAAAAUACUACCAAUUCAUGGGAGAAGAGUUUAUUCAAGCUGUCCAGCCGGUCCUGAAGGAGCGCUGGAGCUCAGACUUGGAGGAGGCGUGGAAGACCCUGUUCCUGUACAUCACCAGCACCAUGAAGAGAGGCUUCCAGCAGGCCCAGAGAGACCAGAACCACAUCUGAGACGAGGUUCUGUAGAAUCUAAUGAGCUCUUCAUGAAGUCUGUCCAUCAGUGCCAGCUGGAGGUUGAUCACUUCAGAUCUGUCAAUAUGUCGAGACUACAAUCAAAGGACUUAUAUUUAAAACUGCAGAGGAGGAGUUUGUGAAUAUAUCCAUAAUUUUUUCUUCAUGAAAAGGUCAUUUAUUAGGUCUA